AUGAGUUAUUACUACGGGAACUACUACGGUGGUCUUGGCUUUGGUCUUGGUGGCCUGGGCUAUGGCUAUGGCUGUGGACAUGGCUGUCUCGGAGGUUUGGGCUAUGGUUAUGGCUCCAGUUAUGGUGGCUACGGAUACAGCUGCUACCGCCCCUGCUGCUAUGGAAGAUAUUGGACAUCCCGCUUCUUCUGA